UAGCACCGUGACGCCGGCGCCCAGUUUCGGGGACCCCGCCCGAGGCCGGUGUCCAGUCGCUUCGGCUGCUUUGUCGUUAGCCUUUAGGGUCGCCCGGUGACUCUUCGCAUGAAGCCAUUUCCGUUUCGUUUGAGCCACAGAGACGGCGGCGAUGGAAGACGAGGAGAGGCAGAAGAAACUCGAGGCCGGCAAAGCAAAGCUGGCUGAGUAUCGGCAGAGGAAAGCGCACGCCGACUCCCAGAAGAAACAGAAGAAGAAGAAGAAAAAGAGGCACGCGGAGGAUUUGGAGGGAGAUCCACAUGGAAACCAGGAGGUGGGGCAAGAUGAGUCCACGGUGGGAGAUGAGGUUACAGCAGGAGGAAGGGGUGGUGUAGAGGAAGAAGAAGAUCGACACCCGCCUACCACAGAAUUCACCUUCGCCAGAACUCUACGGAGUGGAGAGACCGUCAAGCAUGACCAGACCUACACCAUAGAGCCGGAGAGUGAGGUGUCCACCACGGCUGAAGACUAUUCCUCUGAGGUAAACGGGUGCCAUGAGAUGACUGGGAACCUAAUGAAGUCCUCCAAGGAUUUUGUCUGGGAGGACGCUGAGGUCCUGCAGCAGGUGGCAAAGGAAGGCAGGAUGCAGGAUAUAGAGGAUGCACUGGCUGCCAAGACCCUAGCCGUGGAGGAAUUAAGCCGCGAGCUUGAGGAAUUAAGGUCUGCCUUUGGCACAGAAGGAGUACAACAGCUCCAGGACUUUGAGGCUGCUUUGAAGCAGCGAGAUGGCAUCAUCACCCAGCUCACUGCUAAUCUACAGCAGGCUCGCAAAGAGAAGGACGAGAUCAUGAGAGAAUUUCUGGAGAUGACAGAACAAAGUCAGAAACUACAUAUUCAGUUCCAGCAGCUGCAAGCAGGUGAGACUUUGAGGAACACCAGCCACAGCAGCACUGCAGCUGAUCUUCUGCAGGCCAGGCAGCAGCUCGUCCAGUGCCAGCAGCAGUUGGAGGAUCUGAGCUCCCAGGUCAAAGGGUACCAGGAGAGGAGCAAUGAGCAGCUGCUGCAGAUCAGCCAGCUCCAGCACAAAUUUAAUGAGAUGGAGAUGGCAGGAAGAAAAUCAGAAGAAUCAUUUGCACAAAGGUUUAAUGAAAAAGACCGGCUGAUAGCCCAACAGGAAAGAGUUAUGUUGGAACAAGAGCAGUCCCUAAAAGUCGUAACAGCAAAACUUUCACUUGUGGGCAGAGAAGUCCAGGAUUCAGUUGCACAAACCUUGCAGGAGAAAGAUCUGCUGAUUUCUGAACAGAUUGCAAUAAUUACAGAACAUGAGCACUCGCUGACCCUGCUUAGGGAGGAGCUUUCUCAGGUGGGAAGGACCACACAAGAAAUUGUUGGUCAGAAGUUGGAUGAGAAGGACUUAAUCAUCGCAGAGCAGGAGAGGGUAAUUUCAGAACGUGAUUGCUGUCUUACCCAGCUGGAAGAUGAGCUGGAGUCCUCUAAGAAACAUCUUAAUGACCUCCACCAGCGAAUGACCUCUAAGGAGCUGGAGCUUGAAAGAUGCCUGGAUGAGAUGGAAAGCACCAAGGGUGAUUUAGAGAGCUGUAAGGGUGAGUUGAUUAGUUGUAGAUUGGACUUGGAGAAAGGGCAAAUUGAGUUGGAAAGCUGCAAGAGUGAACUUAUGACCUCCAGACAGAAGGAGCGAAUGUCAUCUAAUGAGAUCAUGCAACUAAUGGGCACAGUAGAAGACCUGCAGAAACGUUGUCACCAGGGUAGCAUGUCUGAGAUGGACACACUCCAAAGGAUAGAGAGGGAAUCUCUCCAGAAGCUUGAGGUUCUUAGGGCAGAGUUAGAUGAGAUGUAUGGUCAGCAAAUUGUGCAGAUGAAGCAGGAGCUUAAUUUUCAACAUGCAGCACAAGUAGAACAGUUGCUGGAGCAACAUCGUGCUGAACUUCAGCUAGUAAGAAGCCAGGAGGCACCUCAGAGUCUUAGUGUUACCACUAGCCUGGUAAACGACCUCAAUGCUACAGUUAUGGAGCUUCAAGAGAGGCUCCAAGAGUCCCAGGCAAUGCAAGAUAAAGCCAUUAAUGAACUGAGUCAGGUAGCUCAGGAGAAGCUCAACCUGCAGGCUCAGGUUGAAGAUCUUCUCAAAGAUCUCCAUUCUGCUAAAGAUAAAGUGGAGAAGGCCUCUCAGAGACUUGUUUCUCAAGAAAGCCAACAAGGUGAAUUGCACCGCCUCCAGGAUACUGUCGAUAACCUUAGGUCUCAGCUGGCCACUGCUGAGGAAGCUGCACAAGAGGCAGAGACAAAGCAUGAGUCUGAGACAACCAACUACAAGAUCAAGUUGGAGAUGCUUGAGCGGGAAAAGGAUGCUGUUCUUGAUCGCAUGGCUGAGUCACAGGAAGCGGAGCUGGAGAGACUGAGGACACAGCUUCUAUUUAGCCAUGAGGAGGAGCUCACCCAUCUCAGGGAAGACCUACAGAGGGAGAGCUACCUCAAUACAGAAAAUCUCCUAAACGAAGCCUCUGUCAAACAUGACCGAGCUUUGGAAGAGUUGCGUAUUUGUUAUGAAGACCAGUUGCAGUUAUUAGGGAGAGAGAAAGCGGGGUUUGUUACAGAACGUGAUGAACUGUUACACCAAAUACUUUCACUGAAGGAGGACCUGAAGCUAUCUUUGCACAGCUCCAAGGCAGAUGAGCUGGUCCAGCAACUUCAAGAACUUCAAGUAGAGGUUGAGGAACUGAGAAAGGGAGGAGCUGAACGUGCUAGGAUGGAGAAGGAAUUUCAGGCACUGCUGAUGAAGACAGAGAAACUAGAAAACCAGUCAAAAGAUAAAGAAGAGUCUUGGAAGAACAAACUGAUGGAGCAGGUAACCAAACAGGAGGUGUUAAUAGAAUCAAACAACACUUUGAAAAGAGAGUUGGAGGCAAAACAUAAGGAUAUGGAAUCCCUCAUGGAGGAGAACAACCAAAUACAGCAACAAAUGGUUCAGCUGAGGGAGGAACUUGAAAAGCAGCAGACUACUUUCUCAUUUGCUGAAAAAAACUUUGAUGUGAACUAUCAGGAGCUUAAGGAGGAAUACACGUGCCUCACUGAAGCAAAGACACAGUUGGAAGCGAAGACACUGAAGGAGACACUUGAGUUAGAGGCAAAAAUUGCCAGCCUCCAGUUACAGAUUCAGGAGCUUCAGGAUGGUCGUAAAGUUAUUAAACUAGAAGAUGAAUACAAAGACAGCAGUGGUUUUAUAGAGAAAGAUACUACUGAAUUGAUGGAGAAGCUCAGUGUUGCGAUGAGUGAGAAUGAAAGCCUGUCUGUGCAGCUCUCUGAAGUUACAGAGCAACUGAUUUUUACCAAGGAAAGAUUGGGCCAACUAGAAGGAGAGCUGAUGUCGGUUAGACAAGAAAAUAAGGCAGUCAUGGCCCAAAAUAAUAGCCUGGAGAAAGAACUGGAAGGGGAGCGAGAGAUUAUAAGAGAGCAGGCAAGAUUGCACAAUGCUGAAAGCAAAGCUAAGCUUCAGCAAGGGGAGACGACUGCUCAGCCAGUAGCCUCAGUUUGUUCAAUUGAGGAUCAUCACAUCCAGAUUCUUUCUUUACAAGGGGAGGUAGAGACUCUCCAGUCCCUUUUACAAACAACUGAGGCAGAGCGAGACAGCAUUCGGCAUGCCCUGGAAGUCCAGAGGCUUUUGCAGACUCCAUCUCCAGCAGCAGUCCAGUUUUCAGGGGAGGGACCUGUUGAAGGACGAUCCUCCCCGCAGAAGUCCACAGCCUCAGGGUCAAGCAGGCGCAAAAGACGGCAGAGAUCGAAGCAAGAGCGCAAAUCAAACACUGUUCUGCCAGACAAAAGAGAAGAGAGACAAAGGCAAGAGGAAGAGGAGCCAUCAGUGGAGGAAGAGAGGGCUGCGAGUGCUGCAGAGCACGGGGAGCAGGUUUCGAUGGAGAGCCAGGUUACUUUGCAUUCGCAGCAGAGGGCCAGUAAGGAGGAUUCGACUGAUGGAUACCAGAGAGACAGAGACCACAUCAACAAACGGGUGAAGAGGGGACAUGGGGCGGAGCGGCACGUGGAGCUUGAAGUGCAGCUGGAAGCAGCGGCUCAUGGGGAGACCGCUGAGCAUGGGGAGUGCCGGCUCCAGCUGGCGGCCCAACGCAUCAGCCUGUCUCAGAUCCACGCUGCCCAGCUCGAGCUACUCCAAGAGCAGACUGAUACCCACACAUGCUCCCUGGAGCUGGAGCACAUGAAAGAGAAGCAGGAUCGAGAUGACGCCAAAACUUUCAAAUACCAGAAUGUGAUACAAGCAUUGUCAGAAGAAUGCAAUCAGCUAAUUCUGUCUUUUGCAAAUAUUUUUGGUGAUGAGUUCUUGGGGUUUAUCCAUCAAACUGAUGCGGAGGGCUGGUCAACCCCUCCAGUUGAAAAAGAAGAAUCCAGGGAUUCACCGUCUGUCUUACUGGAGGCCAGAGAGCUUUACCGAGACCUUCAGCUGGUGAAAGAGAGGAUUGAGCAGGAACUUGGGCGAUUGACACAGCUCCAGACGGUGCUGAAAGCUGACGGAAACAAGAUGAUGGAACUGCAGAAGGCAUAUGAUGAACUGAAGGACAGCAGUGAGAAGGAGAUCGCCAGCCUUCGUAGACAGGCUGCUGGCUCAAGUCCCUUCAUCUGCAAAGACCCCGAGGAGCAGGCUGGCACAGCGUUCACCUCCUACUCUGAGGACCUGGAGAGACUGAGGGCGGAGGUCCAGGAGAAGCAGAUCCGACUUGAGGAAAGACACAAACAGGAAAUGGAACAUCUCAGAACCUACUACCAGCAGCAGGCUGCUGAGACCGAGGAACGCUACACCACAGAGCUCAUUAUACUGGAACAGCGUCUCCAGGAGGUCACAAGCACCCAAACCCAGUUCAGCGUUGCCCCGGCCAGCUACGAGAUCAUGGAAGAGCACACCGAGGAGCUAAAGCAGCCAGGUGAGGAGGAGGCGUCGGAGGUCGAGGCGGAUGUGGAGCCACGCUGCUCCUCCAGGUCUACGGGCCUGACGGCGCAGCUGCAGACACUGAAGAGAGCGCUCUACCACAAGUACUUCCAGGAAGUGGCUGCACUCAAGGAGCAGCACAGCAGCGAGCUGAGGAGGCUGAGAGAGGAGCGGGAGCAGGAGAGGAGCGAAGGGAAGGCGCGUGCAGACGGUAGGGAGGAAAACGCAGGGGUGGCGGAAGCUGAGUCUGAUCUGGAAGGCAUCAGAAGGGCCGGAUGCUCCAUCCAGCACCCCAGAGGAGGUGGAUCAGCCGUGCAGGAGGAAAAAUUGUACUGGGAGAGAAUGGAGCAGGAGGUUGCUAAGGUCAUAGUUCAGAUGUCAGUGGACUUUGCCCAGCAGACUGAGCUGGCCCGAAUCAGCAAGCACUCCUGCCAGACAACUUCAGCCAUGCAGACCCAGCCUGAGGAGGAAGAAGGGGAGGAGGAAGAGGAGACGGAGAGGGAAAAUGAAGAGCCGAGCCCGAGGGUCUUUCCGGGUGAUGUCUCCUCACUGGAGGAGGUGGAGAGGAAGUGCCUGGAGAGGCAACUGAAGGAGAUGACUGCUGAGGUGCAAAGGUUAAAGGAGCAGCUAAGGAAAGCCGAACUGGGACCUGAGCAGGCAAUAAAUAAGGGAGAAGAGAAGGACAGAGGAGUGGGACAUCCGGAAGACCAGGAGGGGCCUCAUAAAAUGGCCGAAGGAAGCAACAUCUCAUCGCAUGACGGACUUGACUCCACCAGUGUUGACGUUAUCACUACUGAAAGAAACCUCCUGCGUAAAGCCAAUGAAAGAAUCAGACAGGUGCUGGUUGAUGUCCUGAAGACCACGGUGGCAGCAGAAGAGACUAUGGGUCUCCAUAUGGAGAGCCUUCGUGAGGCUUCCAGUGCAGGGCUGCACCCUGCGCCACCCCGUGCCACCACACAGCGAGCCACCUGGCAGAGAGUCAGCUCGGAGCCCUUCAGACCCUAUACUACAGGUCCCUCCUCAGAGAGUUGGCACGGCAGUGAGACGGGCACAGACGACGGCAGUAUGUGGUCCCGAGAUCCAGAAACUGACGAGGGUCUGGAGGUGUCUCAGCAGAUGGUGGACAGCGUGCUGCUGGGGGUGGAGACUCAACUGGAGAACGAGGAAUACCUGAUGAGCAUUAGCACCCGCCUCCAGAUGGCAUUGGAGAGGAUGCUGGUAACCAUCACUGAAACCUCCAACCAGCUCGAACAUGCCCGGGUGACCCAGACGGAGCUGAUGCGCGAGUCCUUCCGCCAUAACCAGGAGAUUGGGGAGCUGCUGCAGAAACAGGAGGAGUUGCAGGAGAGGCUGGCCGAGGAGGCCAGGGCACGAGAGCAGCUGGCUCUGGAGCUUCACCGAGCUGAGGGUCUGAUUGACGGCUAUACAGGCGAACGGGCUGCCCUAGAAGAGCAGGUGCGACAGAAGGAAGAGCUCCAGCUGAGCCUGGAACAAGAGCUGCAGGUGACCAGUAGUCGGCUGCAUGAGCUGGAGCAGGAGAGGCUGCAGAUGCAGGAGGAGCGAGAGCUGUUGUCACGGCAACAAGACGCUAUGAGGGAGCACGCAGGGCCCCGUGAGCUUCACCUCCUUGAGGAGACAGAGAAGCUGAUGAAAGAGAAGGUGGAGGUUCAGCGUCAGGCGGAGAAGGAGAACAUGGACCUUCUGAAGCAGGUGAAACUCCUGGAGGCCGAGCUGGAGGAGCAGGUCAGCAGGGUGAUUGAACUGGAGCAGACACGCAAAGCAGAGAGUGGAGACCUGCAACAACAGGUCCAGGCCCUGGAGAAACAGCUAGAGAAGAACAGGAGAUUCUUGGAUGAACAAGCUGUGGACCGGGAACAUGAGAGGGACUUCUUCCAGCAGGAAAUUCAGAAGCUGGAGCAGCAGCUUAAGAACCCUCCAAAACCAACAGCUGGCUCUGAGCAAAGAAACCGAGAGGUGGACCAGCUGACCUCCCAGCUGAAGGAGAAGGCGGAUUGGUGCAGUGAGCUGCUGCUCGGCACAGAGCAGCUGCAGCGUGAGCUCGGUGAGCGCGACGAGGAAAUUGACAAACUGGAGAGUCGUGUUCGCGAGCUGGAGCAGGCCCUGCUGGCCAGCACUGAGUCUCCGGAAAAGGUUGAACAUAGGAAGCAGCAUGCUUCCAUCAGUGAGGGUACAUGCUCCAUACUGGAGGCCCAGUUGCAGACGGAGAGAGAAGCUUUGGACAGGAAGGAGAAAGAGAUUAGCAACCUGGAAGAGCAGCUGGAGCAGUUCAGGGAGGAGCUUGAGAACAAGAGCGAGGAGGUGCAGCAGCUUCACAUGCAACUGGAGAUCCAGAGGAAGGAGCUCAGCAGCCAGCAGCAGUAUAUGGAAACCAGGGACAGCAUGCUUCAGGUGAUGGAAGAAAAGGACAGGGAAAUAGAACUUCUUAAUGAAAACAUCACUAAACUUCAGCACAUGGAAACAGCAACUGAUAACAAGGAGAUGGAUCAAAGGGAUGAGCUAAUAAGGGAGCUGGAGUCCCAGGUGGAGUGCCUGCGAAGUGAACAGGAGCGCCUGAAGAGGAAAAAUGAAGAGGAAUUGGACCAGCUGAACGCUGUCAUUGACACACUACAGCAGGAACUGGUCAACACUGAGCGGAACCAGGCCUCCGAAGAAGAGGAGGACUGCAAGGACCAGCCAGAGAGCGACGACAGUAGGCCAAGUAAGGAGGAAUAUGAUGAAAUGAAACAGAAGGUAGACCUGGCCACCAAAGAGCUUGUUUCACUCAAAGCAGAACACGGGAAGCUCCUGGAGACAUACAGACGCCUCAAAGAGAAUGCUGUAGCAUUAGCAGAGACAGAAAAACUGGAGAGCUCGGAUGUUGAACUCGAAGACGCUCUCAGGGAGAAAACUGCUGGCCUUGUGGUCAUGCAGGCCCAAGUGCAGGCACUAGAACAGAGCGCUACCUGCAAAGUAGAAGAAUUAGAUCGUCGCAUCCAGGAGUUAGAAGACCUCGUCGAUGAGAAAGAUACCGAGUUAGCCAGCUGUCGCAUCCUUGUUGAGCAAGCCCAAAAUGACGCAGGCAGCCUACAGCAGAAGGUCUUCAGUCUAGAGGAUAAAUUAAGGGAAAAGGUGGCUUCAGCACUCGUUGGCAAAGUCCAACUAGAAGCUUUCCAGCAACAACUGCAGUCAUCAGAGGAUCAUAAAGCCAAAGAGCAGGACAAGGACUCCAGUAGACAGACAGAGGCACAAGUAUAUGACUUUGGAGACUUGGGUAUUCCCAAAAUGGAUUUCUGCGGGAUGGCUCAAACCAGAAAAGGUCCAACAGGGAAGGUGAUCCAUCUGACAGAGAAGCUUCGAGAGCUGGAGGUGGGUCUCAGUGGCAUGCAGAAAGACCAGGAGCUCCAGAAGCAACUGCUCUCAAGCUCAGAGGAGGAAGUGUUGGAGUAUGAGAGGAGGCUGAUUGUGCUCAUGGAUUUACUGAAUCAGAUGAAGACCAAGUCUGGUCCACAGCAGAGAACAACAUAUGUGGAGUCUUCCCCUGCUGGUGAUCAGACAUCUGUGUCAGAGCUUCAGCUGGAACUUCAGGAGGUCAGAAAUGAGGUCUCGGCCACCAAAGAGCAGCUCAGCAUCUAUAAGGAGAGCUUGAGUGGACUCCAAGAGGAACUCAAGGAAAAGGGACUCACAAUCGACACACUCCGAGGGCAACUUGAAAUGGCAUCAGAACAAAUACAUAAGGAGGCCAAUGUGUCUGAGCUUCAGCAGGAACUCAGUGAAGUCCAGAAUGAGGCUGCUGCCACCAAAGAGGAGCUGAGCAGCUGCAGAGAAAGCUGUCAUAAGCUGCAGGAACUGUUACAGGAGAGGGAAAUGACCAUCGCUCAACUCAAAGGAGAACUCUUCCGAAUAACCUCAGAAGAGGAAGGGACCAGCGUGCCAGAGAUACUCCAAGAACUCCAGGAGGUAAAGAAUGAAGCGUCCGCCACCAAAGAGGAGCUCCAUGGCUACAGGGAGCGCACUGAGAAGCUCCAGGAAGACCUCCAAGCACGUGACCUCGCCAUUGCCAAGCUGAGAGAGGAGCUCCAUGAGGUAGGAGCAGCCCUCAUCCAAGCAACAGCUGCAGCCUCGCCAUCUCCCUCUCCAUCUCCUCAGCCUCCGUCCUCCUAUUCCUCCACCACCCAGCCCAAAAGGAAAGGAGAGAAAAAAACAGCCAGUAAGGGAAGCAGUGGCAAAGACAAACCAUCUUUGCCCAGGAAAAACUCAGCUUCCACCAGCCAGUCCUGUGACAAACCUUGGAGCCCUCCAUUGAGUAGCGACUCUCAGCAGCAGCGUGUAGCCAUGAAGGACUCUGCGACCCAGACUGAAGCCCUCCAGACAUCUGACCACAGUCUGGGCGGCACGUCUAUGUCGGCUGAAGCCAAAGAGCAGAUGGAGGAGGUGAUUGGGGAGUUCCAAGAGAAGAUUGUCCAGAUGCAGGAGCUCCAUGCAGCAGAGAUACUGGACAUGGAGGCGCGGCAUAUCUCUGAGAGUGAGACCCUGCGCAGGGACACGCAGGCACUGGAGGAGGAGUGCAAGGCCCUCAAGACUCUAAUUGACAAGCUCCGUUCCACUGAGCCCCCCUCAGCAAGACUAGACCGUCCUACACCAGCACAGUUCAAAGAUGGCUACACUAGUGACAGCAGCUCAGACUACAGCCAGCGGACAGGCUAUGACCUGCCAAACUUGCAGCCAGAGUACAGGACUACUCCUGAAGGGGCCAGGAGAGAGGGCGACGAUCCUCUGCCUGACAGAAUCAAGUCACUGCUCCGUGAGGUACACCAGGAGGGCAUGCAGGUGCUCUCCCUAUCUGAGCUUCCCCUGGCUGAGGGCGAGCUAGGGAGCCAGCUCUAUGCUCAGGGCUGGGUCAAGGAGAGAGAGGCCUUGCUUGCGACCGUGGAGUCUCUCAAAGGCCUAAUUACCCAGAUGCAGACGCACAGGGAAACACAGACCUCGGGCAGUGCAGACUGGCGCAGGGAGCUGCUAGCUGCAGUGCAGCAGGUGUUUGCGAGGGAGAGGGGUGUGCUGAAGAGCACCCUCUACAGCCAGCUGGACCUACUAGACACCAGCGAUACCAUCGUCCACCUGAACCAGCUGGAGCGCAGGCUGGCUGAACAGGAUGCCAAGCACAAAGAAGCCAUGGGGUCUCUCCAGACAGCUGAUAGGUCCAGUCUCCUCUCUGAGAUUCAUCACCUUCGUGGCCAACUGGAGCAACUCCACCGAGGUCUCCAGCCUGCCGCAGCAUCGGUUGGUGAGAUAAGUGUUGAGCAGGAGAGAGGGACUGCUGGUGUCCAUGCUAGCAGUGGAGCAGAGGAGCAGAGGCUGCUGGUGGAGGAGCUGAAAGGAGAACUGGCUCAGACCAAGCUGGAGCUGGAGACCACGUUGAAGGCCCAGCACAAACACCUCAGAGAACUGGACACACUCAGGGCUGAGGUAUCCCAGAAGGCUUCUGAGCUGGACACACUGAGUGACCACCUAUCAGCAGAAAGAAAGAGAAGCAGAGAUCUGCAGUGGGCCAUGGAAAAGGAGAAAUGUAAGACUGGAAGGAGCCAAGAGAGCAAGCAAGAGGAACUAGAGGACCUUCAGCUUACGUUGGCAGAGCAGCAGAGCCGUGUGGCCCAGCUGACCUCAGCCUUGGAGCAGGAGCACCAGACCUCCACCCAACUCACCCAGCAGGCUGACCAGGAGCGGAUCAGCCUCCACCGUCGCCUCCAGGAGCUCCAGGUCCAGCUGGAGACCGAGCGAGCCAAGGCCCAGGAGAUGAGCAGUGUCCUGGGGAGAGAAAGGGAGCUGCGGACGGGCAUCUCAUCCGAAGGAGGUCCCUCCCAAAAAGAUGGGGCAGAGGAGGACGAGGGCAAGCUAGAAAAGGAGGGAGGCAUACUGGAAAGGCUGCAGAGGGAGCUGGAUGAGAAACAUGCACAGGUGGUGCAACUUCUAGGUGAGGUUGAGGCCCAGAAGUUGGAGGCAGUAAGGCGAGAGGAAGAGCUGACUUUGGCAGGUCAAAGGUCAGGAAUAGACCAGGAAGCCCUGCAGGAGGCUCGGGCCCAACUGAGCUUUCUGGAGGCCCAGAUGUCGGAAGUCCAGCUCCAGGUAGAGAGGGAGGUGGAGGGGAGGAGGCUCCUAGAGGAGGAGAAGGAGAGACUGGAGGAGAGAGUGGCUCAACUAAGAGAGAUGAGGACAGAAAAGGUUGCUGACAGUGGACCGCCACUGGCUGAUGGCAAAAGUCAGAGCCUGGGGCACAGUGAGUCCACUGACCGCACCAAAGACUGGGUGUUUCAGCAAAAAGGCAGCACUCCCCUCCUCCAGGAGGUCACUAGGAUGGGACAGACUGGAGGGCCACACCAAGGCCCUUGGCGCACCAUUGACAAGAUUCUGGGCAAGCUACAUCUCAUUGCCUCCAAAGUCCGCAAAAUGGCAAGCAAGGCCACUAGCAGACUGACAACUGAGGUGGACAGUGAGGAGUUGUCCUGGAUCCAGUCCAACAUUGAUGAGGUCAUCACAAUGCUGCAGCAAUCUCCAGGGUUACCGGCUACCCCAGAGAAUGUGGCCCUUUCAGCAGGAGGCACCUGCAACUCACUGACGGAGCGUCUGCUGAGGCAGAAUGCAGAGUUGACGGGCUUCGUCAGCCGUUUGACCGAAGAGAAGAACGACCUGAGGAACCAGACCCUUCGCCUAGAAGAGGAGCUUCGACGCUACCGGCAAGCUGGUCUGGGAUUAGGGGACAGUUCUGGCAGCAGGAGAGGAGCAACCAAGAUGGACUCCGCAGGCCUCUUGCUCUCCCAGGAGCGGGAGGCCUGGGCUCGGGAGAGGCUGCGACUAGAGAAGGCACUGCAUCUGACCCAGGCUCAGGUGGCCCGCCUGAGAGGAGAGAUCAGGACUGACGUCCUGCGAGAAGCGUCCGGGCCUGAGGCCGACAAUGCGGCUCUUAAGAGGAUGUACGGAAAGUACCUGCGGUCGGAGAGCUUCCGCAAAGCGCUGAUCUACCAGAAGAAGUACCUGCUGUUACUGUUGGGAGGUUUCCAGGAGUGUGAGGAAGCCACGCUGUCACUCAUCUCCAGGAUGGGCGGUCGGCCGUCACUCUCGAGCCUGGACUCCCUCAGCCAGCGCCGCCGGGGGCUGAUGCGCUUCCGCUCGGCAGUCCGAGUCUCCAUUGCCCUCUCCAGAAUGCGUUUCCUGGUCAAGCGGUGGCAGAAGGCAACUGGGAUGAACUCAGUAACUUUGGGCAGCGUCAACAAGAAUGGAGUAGGACAAACGACAGGUACGGAGGCAAGAGACUCCCCUUACCUUCUUCACCCAGGGAGUGUGGAGGUGUACAGGGAGAGAGGAGGGGGAGUGUGCAGCAGUAGGGGACGUAGUGGACGUGACUCCCCGAGAUCUGCAGUCUCCUCUACACCACACAGGUUCCACAUGACAGGCGACGCGAGCUCUCUGACCUGCUCCCAUCUCCAGAACUACGACCCAGACCGGGCUCUCACGGACUACAUUUCCAGAUUGGAGGCCCUGCAGAGAAGGCUUGGAAGUGUGACAUCAGGUUCUUCUUCCUAUGCUCAGUUGCACUUUGGCUUGAGAAGAUAGACGUUAAGAAGUUACUUUGGAAAUGGCUUGAAGAAACUCAGUUGCCUUUUCUUGUGCUGAGCGCUCCGCGGUUUUCUAUCAUUAUGGUGUGGACAGUUUAUUCCAUGUGGACCAAAACCUUUUUUUUUUUAAGCGUAUGACAUCUUGUAAUUGGGCUUUUGUCGCCGGCACUUGCGAACAGUUGUUUGUAAUUUUAUCUGUCUCUUUGUUGUGUAUGAAUUACAAUCAUGUAUAUUUGUUAAAUGCUAAUUUAAAAAACCUUUGAUUAAUUUAUAUAAUGUAUGUGUUGUAUGGGUGGAACAUUACGUAGGAAAAUGUUUGGGUUUACUGUUAAGGAGGCUGCUACUGGAUCUUAUACACUACACUGUGUUUUGUGUUAGGUCGGUUUCUCAGACAGACACUACAGAAGACAUUUGUAGAGGACGUAUUUUUGUAAAGGGUAGGAGCUUUGAAUUUUCUGGGUAUUUUGUCAAAAACUGAAAUAAAG